AAAAUUUGUUGAAAAAAUGGAUUCUUUUAUUACGUCAAAAAAUAAUUAUGGAAAAUUUAAUUAAACAUCCUUUACUUUGUGCGACGUUUUUUAAUCAUUUUUGUAUUAGAAUGGAAAUGAUCUGUGAAGAUGAUGAGGAAGAUAGAGAGCUUUUUGAUAGUUGGAUCAAUGGUUUUGGCAAACAAUUGAGAAGUAAAAUUUCAGUGGGUGUUGUUUCUACUAAAAUAUCUGAUCAGAAGAAAAAUCAAAAUAAAAAAUCUGUUCAAUUUAAGAAAUCAGUUUCUUUAAUUAAUUUGACACAAAAGGUUGGCUAUCGUUUAAUGAAGAAAAGUAAAAGUGCAAAAUAUAUAAGUGAUUAUUGUACAAUUGAAAGUGCUGGAGAAUUGGCAGCUGGAGAAUCGCCCAAAAAAAUUGUAUCAACAAAACCAAAAGUUCCAAGAACUCCAAUUCCACAAACAACACCAACAGACCCGCUAGGGCCACCAUUAAAACUUCAACCAACGUUGUUAUCUCCUAUUACGCCUGAGGAAAAUAAAUGGAUAUUUAAUAGACAUUCUUUAAAAAAUGAAGAAAAAAUUGUAGAAGAAAAUUUGGAAGAAAAUAAAAUUUUGAAAGAAAAAGUGAAAGAAGAAAAUAAAUUAAUUAUAGAAACUGCCAAGUGUCUUUAUUGUCCAGCUGGGGUAAAUUGUUGUGUUCAAAAUGUACAAGCUCGAAGUAUUCAUUAUUAUACUCUUUCAACUGAUAUUAGCCCAAUUGAUUAA